AACUUCUGAUAUUGCAUGCAAUGAAUCAUGCAUACUACGUUUUGUUAUUUUAUCGAUAUCUUUAUUCAUAGCAACUGCACAAUCAUUGAUUUAUUUAUAAUAAAUUGUUUGGAAAUAGGACUCCAUCAGACACAUCUUGACGUCUUUCAGAGUAACACUGCAAUUGAAAUGAAGUUAAAAUGGAUAAUAUUUUAAAUAAGGACAUUUUCAAAGAUCGUGAUUUAGAUGAACUGUCUCCAGAUUAUAAACCGCGAAAUUUUGUAUUACGAAUGCAAAUGCGAAGAACUUUGGCUAAAGAUACUCACAAUCAUGGUGUUCUCAAAAACAUCAACUCUACAAGGAAAUCGAUGAAACGACCUAAAGAAAGCUACAACAUAAACAAGGAAAUUGGAAAAUUGCGUCACGAGUUUAACAAUAUCAAUUUAAAAAAUCGAGUGAGCUUUAAACGCCUUGAAGCUUUGAAGUUAAAACCUAGUAUUCUCAACGAUGAUUCUCAGUUAUUUGAUUCCUAUUUGAAGUCCAAGGAGGAUGAAGAAAAAAUAUUUUCGUAUGAUUAUUCUGAUGAUUCAACCGAAUUAGAAAUACGCAAUGAUAAUGAUUUUAAAGUAAACCAAAAGAUUAAACCUCUUAAACACAUCAAGAUAUACAGAGAAACUCAAUGCUUCAGAAAAUCGAAACAACAUACUGGUGGUUUAUUAGAUUUGAACAAGGACAUAAAUGAAAACAACGAAGAUAUUUUUAGAGUUGAAUGCAGUAGUAAAUCUCGUAGUCCUCAUAAUUUUAAGGAAAAUACAUCCAUACUUGAGGAACAAUCGAAUAAUGAUGUUUUAAAACUAAAUAUUAGUCCGAAGAGUCCAAAUAAUUUUGAUGGCACAGUAAGUGAUUUGCAAAACUUGUUGAUAAUGAUGACCAUAUCUUCUAACUCUAAUGACGACGAAGAUAUAAACAAUGAAGUGGAAUGCAACUUUACUGAAUCUCCAACAAGCGCAAAUCAUUUAUCAAACGGUUUGCACGCUGAAUCAAAAACAUCGAUAAUUUCGGAAGGAAUUGAUGAUAUUUUAAGUAUAACACCAAUUAAAGUACAGGUUGACAGUAAAGAGACGACUCUUUUAAAGAAAUUUGUAAAUAAGUGGAAAUGUUAUGUCAAUAAUAGAAAAAAUUAUGCAUGCGAACAGAGGCAGGCAACUCUCAACAACUUCUUCGAUAAAAUUGCAAAAAAGAAAAUGAAUAUAAACCAAUCAAUGGUGCCUGAAAAUAAAUCCAAGCUUCUCGUCAAGGAUUACAACACGUACCAACAUAGGUACAAAAUACAAAAGCAUAUCAUAGCACUGCAAAAAGCGAAAUUAGAAGAACAGAAUCGUUUGAUAGAAGAACUUAAAUAUAAUAGGAUAGUAGAAGCCUCGCGCCAAUCAGUAGAUGACAUGAGAGAAGAAGUACGAAAAGCAUAUUACGAAAUAGAUCGACAUCUGAAACCUAAGAUAAAGUGCUUGACUAAUGAAUUGAAGAUACCUGAAAUUGAAGAACCAUCGUUAGUAUUACACUGCUUAAAAGUUCCACAGUUCUUACAAAGGAUGGAAAAGAGAGCUCGAGAACGAGAAGAAAAGCAUGCGAUGAUACGUGAGCGAAGACGACAAAUGGAAGAAGAACGCGUCAGAUUAAAACAACAGGCAGAACUGGCGAAAGCUGAAAUGGAUAAAGAAGAAAAGACAAGAAGAAUACAAGAACUUAGAGAAAAAAGGCGAAAAGAAAAAAUAGAAAAUAUAAGAAAAAAGCAAUGGGCUUCGAGAUUGAGAGCGCUCAUAGUUAUGGCUGACUUGCAUUAUGAAAAAUCGUUAAAGGCAAAAUAUGGGAUAAAGCCUUUUAGAAAACUUAUAGAAAUUAAGCGAGAUAAUAUUGAAAAAGCAAAAGCACAUUACAUUUUUCAACUUAAAAAUAAUACGUUUUUGCAUUGGAUGUGGUAUACUGAGGAUAUGUGGAUUGAGAGGAAUUUUCAAGCAGAGGACUUUCACCGGAAGAAGUUAUUAAGAAAAGCGUUCGAUGCAUUUAAGAGGAAUCACCACGGCUUGGUAAUAAAGAAACAAGUAGCUGAUGACUACUACGAUUUGUAUGUCACGCAGACGGCAUUCAGAAUGUUUCGUGACGGAAUAAAUGUGAUAAAGAAAGAAAAUGAGAUGAAGUGGCAGAUAGCUGUAACAUAUCACAGCAGCAAUCUGUUAUUUAAAACAUUCACAUGUUGGCGAACAUUGCCAGCUUUGAAUGCAUUAAAAAGGGAACAAGAAGCGAGGAAGGCCAGGUGGCGGGAAAAAGUUCUGCAAGUGGUACCGGACUACACGCCGCCUGAAGAUUAAUUUAUAUAUUUUUAAGUUUAGUGUAAGAUAAAUUUAACUAAGCAUAAUUAAUACUUGUUUUCUUCAGGAGACAGAAUUUUGAGCAUUACAUCAGAGAGCAUAAUAAAUCAUGCAAACAGCGAGAUAAAAUAACUGCUACAUGGGAGAGCUAAGUAUGUACUGUGUGAAUUUUAGAUAAAUCUCAAGAAUCCUUCCUGGAUUUAUAAGGAUUAUUCUAGAUUAUUGGCGAUCUGUGUUAUGUUUGGAAAAAUCCUUAUAUUUUUUUGUCUCGCUUUUAAUGACUUCUAGUAUUAUACAAGUAAAGGGUGAGUUGCAGCAUUUAAAAACAAUGGUAAACCAACAAUAACCAGGGCGCCAAUUUGACAACUGAUGAAAAUGGUUCGGUUAUCGUCAUAAUUAAAUGGUAUAUAUAACCAUCGAUAGUCUCAUAUGUAGAUAUUUAUGCUUCCACCCACUUACUAUGAUAAUAAG